ACCCCACUUCAGUCACAGUUAUCGUGCAACUUUUCUUUGAGCAGUACACUUCAUAAAAUUUAUUAAAAUGAAAUCUUUAAUCCUUUUAAGUAUUAUAAUAGCUUUAAGUGUGAGUUCGGGUGAGGCUAAGGAUCUAAUCGUGGGUACCACGUACAACACGCGGCUCACAUGGCAACAGAAGGCCGAGUAUAUGGCUAUUCCGUUCAAAAAACGAGUGAAAGAAGUAUUCUACAACGACCCAGCACAACAAAUUAUAAGGGGGAUAGUGGCUCGGGAUAUCGACCACUCGGACGCCAUCGCAACGAUUACUUCCGGAGGUGUCGGCUCCACAUACGCCAACAUCCGUUUGAAGAGCGCUCGCGGCAGCAGUCUUAACUACCAGAUUGAAAUUUACGUAUAAUUAGACACCCCCACUGUCCAUACUCCAUUGGAUACUCAAAAUAUACCAAAACUUAUUUUUAACUGAGUGCGUUCGUACUUUGCCUUGCAUAUUGCAGGGUAGACACUAGGCGGCCACGCAACAUCCACAACGACCCAAGUUCACACGUUCAGCGUUAGAUUACUUCACUUUACCUACAUAAUCCUCCAAGUAAGAUAUUAUAAAUAAAUAACAUACAAAUAAAA